UACGGCUGAGUUAUGUUGUGUGCAGUUUCACACACCAUCUCUCAUGUAAAUACAGUGCACAGUUCGUGAUGUUACAGUAUAUUUUUGUCUCGACUAAUUGUUGAACACCACAGAGGCUUUGAGACUGCGGAAGCGAAGACAAACGAAGUUUGUACGAGGUUGGCGAAGAUGGAGGAAGAUUUGUCACGUGCUUUGAAUUCUGUCACCCUGGAGCCUAAAGACAGUAAAAUGGACAAUUUUGGGCUGUAUGUCGUCACGUGGAAUGUGGGCACAGCUGAGCCUCCUGAAGAUGUGAACUCUCUGCUUCAGCUCAGCUCCCCGAAGAAACCCGACCUCUAUGUGAUCGGUCUGCAGGAAGUGAAGGCUGCACCUCUCAAGUUUGUCACAGAUCUGGCCUUCGAGGACUCCUGGAGUCAGCUCUUCAUGAGCACUCUGGCCCCUUUGGGUUAUAUCAAGGUGUCCUCCAUACGGAUGCAGGGUCUACUCUUGCUUUUCUUUUCCAAGCUGGAACACGUCCCCUUUAUCAGAGACAUUCAGGUCACUUACACCCGCACAGGACUCUACGGCUACUGGGGUAAUAAAGGAGGCGUGUCUAUCCGUCUGUCCCUCUACGGUCACAUGCUCUGCUUCCUGAACUGUCACCUCACCGCUCACAUGAACUACGCCUCUCAGAGGGUGGAUGAGUUCGAGUAUAUCCUGGAUGCUCAGACUUUUGACACCAAAAACACACCACACAUUUUGGACCACAAGGUUGUGUUCUGGUUUGGGGAUUUGAAUUUUCGUAUCGAGGACCAUGGUAUGCUCUUUGUAAGGAACUGCCUCACCAGCCAGCGUUUCAGUCUACUUUGGCCUAAAGAUCAGCUCACCAUGAUGAAACAGAAGGAAGCAAUUUUGCAGAAGUUUGAAGAGGGAUCUCUGGACUUUCAGCCCACCUAUAAAUUUGAUUUGCAUUCGGAUAACUACGACACAAGGGUACAGAAGACAUGGUUUGGUUUUAAUGGUAAGAAACGCAAGCCUGCGUGGUGUGACCGGAUCCUCUGGCGAGUGAAGCCCAAGUCCUCGCCUCCGGAGGACACUCAAGAAGACAAUGAAGAUGAGCCAAAGAACCAACUGGAGGGGGAAGAUGACGAUGAGUUCCCUAUGAAAAUGACCCAGGAGUAUUACACGAGUAAAAUGGAGUAUGGCGUUAGCGACCAUAAGCCUGUCAUUGGCAUCUUCCGCUUGGAGUUGAGAAAGAUGUACGAGACGCCUCUGGUGCAGGUCUGUGCUGAAGGAGAGUGGAGUGCCGACUUCGACGCCCUCAUAACCUACAGACUUCUUCAGUCCUUUCCCUCCAGUGCCUGGGACUGGAUCGGUUUAUAUAAGGUUGGUUUUAAAAGCGUCUCAGACUAUAUCACGUACACUUGGGUGAAGGAUGACCAGGUGUCUUUCAAUGAUGAGCUCUUUCAGGUUUAUGUGAACAAAGAUGAAAUUCCAGUUCGUGGGGGAGAAUGUGUGCUGUGCUAUUAUAGCAGCAACCUGCAGUGCAUUGUGGGUAUUAGUCAACCUUUCAGGGUGCAGGAAUCCAGAGUGGCGAUUGAAGAGGGUUUAGUGUCUGAAAAUAUCAAUGGACUUGAUGAAACGGUUGCCAGUUAAGACCAAGACCAAGAUGUCAAACCAAACAUUACCAGUGGAUUUAAGCAAAGUGCAAUUUUAAUCCAAAAUUUGAGCUUUUAUUGGUAUGUGAUAUAGUAACUACAAUGUGUGUUUUUUUCUCUCUCUUUUAACCAAGAAAUAUUAUAAAUCGCAGCCAGUAUAUUUUAAAUUGCAGCCAGUUGGUGGGACCCGUCCCAAAUAGAUUGUGGUAUUCUAAGUAAGCACAUUUAAAUUGGUACUGAGUUU